CCCAGCAUCCCUGCGCAGUGAAUCAGACUGACCGACCCACCGAGGCGGACUGAGCGCACCGACGCUGCUCCGUCAGCGGGCACAUGAAGGCUUCCUCCCCCGGGUCAGAGGCGAGUUUUCGGUGAUUCCUCCCCGCUGGUUUCCCUCCUUUAUGGAUGUGAAGUAACAGCGGGCGGCAGCGAGUCGGUUCCCCCUCCAUCUCUGCACUUCUUUCGGCCAGGAUCCAAACCUCCUCUGAACCACAAAAUGGCGGACAUCAUCGAGCUGGGACCCGCCUACGCCAUGUCCCCGGUGCUGGCGGGCUUCCUUGGAGCUGGUGUCCUGGUUCUGGUGGUGGUGGUUCUGGUCCUGCUGUGGUCGUUCUGUCAGCGCCGGUACCUCAGGGUUACCGGGCGCUACAAGCUGCACGGCGACCGAUACUGCGACGCAGAGGACCCCCCGUACAAAUUCAUCCACAUGCUGAAGGGGAUCAGCAUUUACCCAGAAUCCCUCAGCGGCAGCAAGCGGAUCGUCCGUGGAAUCCGCCGCGCCGACCGGUCGGAGCGCGACGGCGAGCGCGGCGGUUCGGCCGGCGGCACGGCGGGCCGGGGAAUGGUCCUGGUGGAUGCAGAGAACAACAUCCUGGACGUUCCGGGCCAGCUGCAGAUGAGUCACCUGGUACCGCCCUCUGGGUCUGGCCCCGCCCACAGCCAGGCCCGGCUGGAGCGGGCGCUGCCGGUCCGCGCCGACUACUGCUGCCUGGACAGCAGCUCGGCUGGCAGCAGCCAGACCAGCAGCAAGACGGCGUCGCCCUUCACCCCCGCCUCCUCGGAACCGGAACCGGAACCCAACCUGGGCUCCGUCAGCCUCAGCGUCGACUACAACUUCCCCAAGAAGGCGCUGGUGGUGACGGUGGUGGGGGCCCGGGGCCUCCCCGCCGUGGACGAGCAGGCCGGCAGCUCCGACCCCUACGUGAAGAUGACCAUCCUGCCGGAGAAGAAGCACCGCGUGAAGACCCGCGUGCUGAGGAAGACGCUGGACCCCAUCUUCGACGAGACCUUCACCUUCUACGGCGUGGCCUACAGCGCGCUGCCCGACCUCACGCUGCACUUCCUGGUGCUCAGCUUCGACCGCUUCGCCCGCGAUGACGUCAUCGGGGAGGCCGUGGUGCCGCUGAAGGGCGUGGACCCGAGCACCGGCCGGGUCCACCUGAGCCAGCAGAUCACCAAGAGGAACAUGCAGUGUGAGACUCGUGGCGAGCUGCUGGCCUCGCUGUCCUACCAGCCCGUGUCCCACCGCCUCAGCGUGGUCGUCCUGAAGGCCAGACAUCUGCCCAAGAUGGACAUGACGGGCCUGUCAGCCAAUCCAUACGUGAAGGUGAACGUUUUCUACGGCCGUAAGCGCAUCGCCAAGAAGAAGACGCACGUGAAGAAAUGCACGCUGAACCCGGUCUUCAACGAGUCCUUCAUCUACGACAUCCCGCCAGAACUGCUGCCCGACGUCUCCGUGGAGUUCCUGGUGGUGGACUUCGACCGGACCACCAAGAACGAGGUCCUGGGCCGCCUGCUGCUGGGCCUGCACAGCCCCUGCCCCUCUGGCGCCUCCCACUGGCGGGAGGUGUGUGAAAACCCACGCAGGCAGAUCUCCAAGUGGCACAACCUGAGCGACUUCUGAAGAAGAGGAGGAAGCAGCUGAGACUCUACCAGUGAUCCCUACUGGGAAACAAAGAUUCAGUGUACAGCUCACACACACACACACACACACACACACACACACACACACACGUAACCAGAUGUGCAACACACACACCGCUGUGAUGAUAGUCCAACUCUCCGUCUCUAUUAUCUCUUCGCCACCAAAACAUUUUGCAAGUUUAAGAAAAAAUCCUGAAGUUUCAUUUGAAAAGAAAAGAUGGCGGGUCCAACGCGAUUUAAAAAGAAGAAGAAGAAGAAACGGCUCCCCUCGUCCUGCAGCUCGCCGCAUGUCUGUGAAGCUCCGAGUUGCAGAGAUCCUCUGACGCUGCGACGCUGCGACGCUCCACCGCGCAGAGAGAACUUCCUCUGUGUUCAGCAUGCUCCCCGCCUGCGACGGUCCGGGUUCUGUCCCGCUCCAGAACUUUCCCAGAAUCCUGAAGAUGCCGGGUUUCGUCCCGGCCGCGUCCCAGCCCCAAAGUACUGCAGCGAAGACCUGCGGACUGAUCCCAGCUGAUGUAACAUACCUGAUUUAUCCUGGAGGCUGAAGCAGAGGCCAGAUGUUCCACUCAACAUCUUCCACCAAAAUCACUCAGAUCUGCUCAGAAUCUGUUUUAACUGUUUCAGUCCCACAGCUUCUUCCUGGUUCACACUAAAUCACCAGAUCCUCACAUACUUUCUCUCUAAUCAUGAGUUUAUUGCAAAUUUUCUGCAAAGAAAAUGAUCAUAAACAUUGGGUUUAAGUGAUCCUAACUCCCACCUGCAGGGGGCGGUGUUUCUUACUCAGAAAAACCCAGUUUUUAAAGUUCUUUAACAGAUACAAAUGUUUCCAUGUGCAAUCUGUUUGCUUCCUAUUGGGUUUUUUCUUCUAUAUGUAGAUUUUGGGGAAAAAAAAUACCAUCAGAAAAUUUGCUAAUUUGAUUACAAAAAUGACAAAACCAACCAUAAAAUCCUGGGGGAACUGAUGGAUGGUGUCAGGAUGAAUAUUCAGACGACCGCUUGCCUGUUUUUGGGUUGAUAAUGUGGAAAACAGUGAAACUGUGAAGUACAAUGAGAGUAUUGCUGUCUUUUAUUUAAAGGGGCAGUACUAUGGAUUUUCGGGGCACCCAGCCCAGGUGUUUUGCGCAGCUGAAUGGUUGCUAUGGAGAUUAAAAGAUUCAUGAAAGAAUCAAAGCAACACUCCAGGUUUGUUUCUGAUGAGAGUAAAAUUAUAACCUGAAGGAAAUAUCAAAAAAGUUGAUUUUCCAUAAAAUCAACUUUUUUAUGGAAGAAAUGUUGAUUUUAUGGACUUACCACUCUGGACUGGUUCUGGACUGGAAACGAGUCCCAGGUGGGUUCUGGUCACUCAGACCAGGAAGCAGUAGGUUAAAUUAAAUCAACCAGAUCGGUUUUUAACUAAUUUAAACUGCUGGUGGCCCACAAAAUCCAUUAAAUUAAAAGUGUCAACUUUGAUGCAAAGUUGACACUUUUAAUUGAUUUUUAACGUAACUUUGCAUUAAAGUUAUUUAAUGCAAAGUUGGCACUUCAUGACAACAGUUGUAGACAUUUCUGAAGACUCCUUCAUGUUAAUAGCAGAUGUUUUGUUACAUAAAGAAUUACCGAAAGUCUAAAGUAAAACCUCUGGAGGUUUUUUGUUUGUUUUUAAUCCCAGUUCAUUAAUAAACAAGCCCACCAGAGGGCGCUCUUCUUUACUAACGACUUAAAAACUCCUGAAUAUAUUCAGGUUUUAAUCAGGCUUUUUAAGAUUAACAGUUCAUUUGUGUUUAUUUUGUACUUUAUUAUCCGGGUUUAAAGAUUUGUCCCGCAGAUAAAUGAAGUUUUGACCUUUUCCUGGGGGCGCAGCCUCAUCUGUACUCUGCUUCACGCCGUCCGCCUCCUUCCCUCCUCCCUGUUUAUCCUUGUGAGCGAUCCGCCACCAGAUGGCGCCGUUUCCCUGCUUGGUUCUGUUUCCCUCGGCUCUGUGAACAGAGAGAAGCCACAGUUUGGGUUUAACGCUGACUGCUGAUGCAGCUUAGUCUGAGUUUAACGUUAAUCCAGCCACAGCUGCUCCACAAACAUUAACUCGUGUAAAUCUGCGCCUCACCUGAACAUUUUGAAGCUGAACGGCUUUCCUCUGAACGGAGCUCCCUGCAGACCAACAGACUGUAGAUUUGUACAGAUGUGAAUUUGUUCGCUGGUUUCCUUCCUGUCUGUUGUCCUCAGAGCUUUCGUGUGUUUGAGCGCCCCCUGCUGUAGACCUGGAUGCUAACCUCUGUGUUGGGUUUGUUAACACUCAGUGGACGUGCAAAUAAAAAAAAGAAGUUAUCUA